CAACAGUGACACAGUGCCACACAAAACAAAUCAAAAACCUAUCAGAAACAACCCUCACACACUCUCACUCACACACUCUUUUUCACGUUUCUGAAACGAAACAAACACCAUCACACCAUCAGCAGCAACCAUGGCAGCCACUACCAGAGCGAUUACCAUAGCUACAAACUCAACCUACUCUCUUCUUAACACCAAUAAGCCCUUUCUUGGUGGCCGUGCUCUUCGUCUUAACAAUCUCAAGGUUGCUUCUAGGACUACUAGGUCUUUUACUUGUAAGGCUAUCUAUUACCCUGAGGUUACUGUCAAGGAGGAUGGUCAGCCACAAACCCUUGAUUAUAGAGUGUUUUUUCAUGACAAAUCUGGCAAAAAGGUUUCUCCAUGGCAUGAUGUUCCAUUGCAGCUAGGUGAUGGUAUCUUCAACUUCAUUGUUGAAAUACCAAAAGAAUCCAGUGCAAAGAUGGAGGUUGCCACCGACGAGCCUUUUACUCCCAUUAAACAGGAUAUAAAAAAGGGGAAGCUUCGUUUUUACCCCUAUAAUAUACAUUGGAACUACGGCUUACUUCCACAAACAUGGGAAGAUCCAACUCUUGCAAACCAUGAAGUUGAAGGAGCAUUUGGAGAUAAUGAUCCAGUUGAUGUGGUUGAGAUCGGUGAAAGCCAAAGGAAGAUAGGAGAGGUUCUCAGGGUCAAACCCUUAGCUGCACUAGCCAUGAUUGAUGAAGGAGAACUUGAUUGGAAAAUAGUAGCAAUUUCGUUAGAUGAUCCAAAAGCUUCACUUGUGAACGAUGUUGAUGAUGUCGAGAAGCAUUUUCCAGGAACCCUCACUGCAAUUAGGGACUGGUUCAGAGACUACAAGAUACCUGACGGGAAGCCUGCUAAUAGAUUUGGUCUUGGCAACAAGGCAGUAAAUAAGGAUUAUGCAUUGAAAAUAAUCACAGAGACGAACGAGUCUUGGAGUAAACUUGUGAAGAGAUCAAUUCCUGCAGGAGAGCUGUCACUUGUGUAAAUGCAUUGGCACAAGAGUAUCACUUGUUCAUGCUUUUUUACGAUUCUAUUUAUGAAAUAGCAAACUGUUCUAUUGAGCUUUCUGGUUAUGUCAUUGACAUCAAUGCCCUCUUGGUUAGGCACUAGUUGAAAUAUUGAACACAUCUAUCUUGCUUUUGUAUUCUAAGUUUUAUGUGUCAUUCUUUAUUUA